CGCUUGGAAGUUUUCCUCUGUAGGGAUACAGAGAAUUUUCUUACCCAAUGUUGCUGUCCUGUUGUGAUUGGACUUGAACAAAUUGCACCAGAACACAGAUUUUGUCCACCGAAUCUUCCACAGAGACCUGUCAAACUAAAUUUCAGCUGGAAAUCAGAAGCAUGGGGCAUCUCCCACCUGUGACUGUUUCCAUACAGUAAAGAAGAGGGACAUGAAACGAGUCCAGCUCAGUGAGAUGGACAGCGGGGAGGCUCACGCCCAGCGGCCGGUCACCUUGGACAUCGCUGUGGAGGAUGUAAACCAGGAAGCCUUGGCUCCAGCCCCUCCUGAGCCAGCCACAGUCCAGACCCCGCCCACAGACAGUAACCUGCCCCAGGAGGACAGCAUCGAUCUGGGUAGGGAGCUCGCUACACCAACGCCACAGGACAGCAGCACCACGCCCUCAGAGAGCCUCAUGGAGAAACUCAAUGACCAGAUGAUGGAGAGCGUCAUGAUUUCUGAUUCACCCACUAACAGUGAGGAGGACGACGUUGCUCCUAUCGACUCCCUUCUAGAUGGUGGUGAGGAGGAGAACACGGCAGAGGAAAACCAAAAGGGGCAAAACGAGAUCGGACAGAAUACGACUGAGAUUAAAGUUUCAGUGGAGGAUCAGGAGGAAGGAGGCUCACAGGAAAAACCAGAGGAGGAAGCAGCAGGCUCAGUUUCACCUCAGGGUGACACGCAGAGUCCAUCUGACAGUUGCAGUGAGGAAGCAGCGCCGCAAUCGACCAAAGUGACAAAACCAAAGGACGAGCCUAUUCCUGUGUGCACCAUAUUUAGCCAGGGCACCCAGCCCAAGUCUCUGGUGCCCGACGGCUUCCAGCCCACCCUCAUCAAGUCGCCCAGCUUCAGUAUGGGCACCUGCAGCGAUGACGCCGUGACCCCCAGUAAGAUGGGGGCGCCCCUUGUGUGCCAGCCCAGCCCGAGCCUCAGCAAGUUCUUCACAGAUAAUGGACAGGCCAACCCGGCCUCUGACUUCUUCGACUCCUUCACUGCUCCCUCCUCCUUCAUCUCCGUCUCCAACCCCAAUGCAGAGAUCCCUCCAGGCCCCGCCCAUGCACCUGAGCGCCAGCUGUCCUCAACCUCCUCCUCCAUCUCCACCCCUGGAGGGCCCCUGGACUCUGGUGCUCACACGCCAAGCUCAGUGUUUACCCCCGCGGAACCAUCCCCAAAGCUCCAGCCGCCUACAUCCCAACCAGCCUCGGCUCCAGGCUCCACCCCCACCUCGGCACCAGUGGCACCGCUCCAGUCUUUCAACCAGCUGUUUUCAGGCGGUGACGACCCGUUUGCGACAGCGCUGAGCCUGAACGAGGUGGACAGGCGCCACGAUGCCUGGCUGCCGUGUGAGGAGACCAGGAAGGUGUUAAUCUCUGUGGCGACGCAGCAAUACAGCCCCGCCUACUUGGAGAGCAGCAGGCUCACCAUGCCGGGACUCAAGUUUGAUAACCUGCAGGGCGAUGCCGUGAAAGACCUUAUGCUUCGUUUCCUGGGAGAGGCGGCCGCCACAAAGCGUCAGGUCCUCACCGCCAACUCCGUGGAUCAGUCCUUCAGUGGCCUCAGGCAGCUCAUUAGCAGUAAGAACUGGCGGGCUGCGGUGGAUCUGACGGGCCGAAUGCUGGCAUCUCACGGUCAGGGAUACGGCAAGGCCGGCCAGCCAACCUCCCACACCACCGACUCACUGCAGCUCUGGUUUGUGCGGCUCGCUUUGCUCACCAAACUGGGCCUUUUCCAAAAUGCUGAGCUGGAGUUUGAACCCUUCGGCAACCUGGAUCAGCCAGACCUCUACUAUGAGUACUACCCCAACGUGUACCCAGGCAGGAAAGGCUCCAUGGUACCGUUCUCCAUGCGCCUGCUGCACGCUGAGCUUCCACAGUACCUGGCUAAGCCCCAGGAGGCUCUGGACCGCCUGCACCAUCUCAAAACCGUCUGCCUCACCAUUCUGGAGAACUUGGAGACGGGCUCGGCUGAGGAUGGCAGCAUGAUCACCUUAACACAGGAGAACAGGCAAGCGUCUCUAAAGCUGUGGAGGUCUCGCCUCAGCCGGGUCAUGUACUCCAUGGCCAACUGCCUGCUGCUGAUGAAGGACUAUGUUCUGGCAGUUGAGACCUAUCACUCCAUCAUCCAGUAUGAACCCCAGCAGAGUGUGCAGCUGCUCAGCAGCAUAGGACGCAUCUUCCUGCAGAUCGGAGACGUUAAAACAGCAGAGAGGUACUUCCAGGAGGUGGAGAAAUCCUGCCAGAUGAAAGCCAGCCAGCAGACUCUCACCACAUGCGUGUUGAUGAACAGGGCCUUUGUCUACCUCAGUCAGAACAACUACGCUGAAGCGCACGGCGCCUUCAUCGAAGUGUUGAAGAUCGACCCAAAGAACCCCGUGGCCAACAACAACGCGGCGGUGUGCCUGCUCUACCUGGGCCGGCUGAAGGAGUCGCUGGGCCAGCUGGAGGGCCUGGUGCAGCAGGACCCGGCGCAGUACCUCCACGAGAGCGUCCUCUUCAACCUGACCACCAUGUACGAGCUGGAGUCGUCCCGCAGCACGCAGAAGAAGCAGGCGCUGCUGGAGGCUGUCGCCUGCCGGGAGGGCGACAGCUUCAACACGCAGUGCCUCAAACUGGUCUGAGAGGAAGAGGAAGGAGCUCCUCUUCACCUGAGAAGACUGAUGAAGGAUGCAAAAUCACCAUCCACACAACCCACAGGAACAAAAGCAGCUCCCACCUCCAAGCCCAGAAAGUCCUGCAGAGUUCAUGCUGGUUCAGUCUCAGAGUAAAAGGAGAGUUUGACACUGUGUGUUCUUAUUUACAUGUCUGACUCCAGAUACAGAUGAAGCUCAGCAGGGUCCUCCAGAUCUGCAGAACGCAGGCAGAACCUGAGAAACGUUCACGCUCCAUUUGCUUUAACUCAGAGGAGCCGAAUUUGGAGCCACACCCUCUGUACUUCACGGUCCUGUAGCCCCAAAAAUAUUCAUAGUCGGCAGGUAAAACUUUGCAUGGCUUCACUGGUUAUACUGAAGAUAUUGGUUUAAAAAAAAAAAACGCUGAUUCUGAGAUGACCCCUCCGAUUUUAAUCAGCAACACGACAGGUUAAAGGUGCCAGUCUUUGCCCACCAAAUCUUAAUCUCCAGAUUCCACUUCCUCCUCAUUACACACGUAGAAAAAACAAAUAUGUGAAUGUGAAUAUGCAGAAUCUGCAAGAUGUUUAGAAGCUCGUUGGUUUCCAUUUGUAGUCCUGACUUUUAACUGGACUACAAAUUGGCCAAUCAUGUUUGAGCAGGUGUGUGUGUGGAGGGUAAAGGAAGGAAGAGAUUUACUAAAAUGCAGACAUCACACCCUCUCUGCAGUUUUUAGAGGAAGCCAUGUUGAGCUACAUGGAGUACAUUAGGAGGGCAUUUUUUUCAAAAUAAAAGCCCCAGCACAGAGAAAACACUACUUUGAUUUGAAGCCGUGCAGAACAAAAACCCACAUCAGUGUUUUCCUGAUCAGAUUUUCCUGGUCCAGAAGAGCCUUCAACAGGGGGACAGCUUCAUCUUUAUUAUUUUUUUUUUUUUUAACUCAAAGCAGCAGGAAGUGCACCUGUACGAACCCCUCCCUGCUCGCUGUGGCUUGAUGAUGGCAGGGAUUUUAGCUGAAACACUGAUAAACAGCUCGCCUUUUAAUUUGUAGUAAUGUCUGGGACCGUGUUUUAUUUUGUAAGGAACAAACUGACACUACAGGUGGGUUAUGGGACUUUGCAGCUCAUUACCUGGAGCUUCAGCCACUCUGCAGACCGUAACAGCUUCAUUAACUCAAGCAGGAAAUUUAAAAACGCCCUCAGAUUGCAUCGGGUCUGUCCACUUAAAUGUAAAAUAUAAAGUGAAAUGUGUACAUAUCACACGCAGGUUUGAAUGAUUUCAGCAGAAAUUAUUGAUGUGUUUACUGAUCAUAUUUAUGUAUAUGAAAUAAAUUGUUUUAUCUGAAGAGGCACUCACUUUGUGUAUUUAAAUGGAAAGAAAUGAGAAACAGCAGCAGUUUUGUUUUUAACCUUUAAU